AUGAAAGAUCUUGGUGUUUUGAAGUAUUUCCUCGGAAUUGAGGUGGCCAGGAGUUCGGCUGGUUUGUUCUUGUGUCAACGCAAGUACACACUUGACAUUGUAUCGGAGGCCGGAUUACUGGGAGCCAAGCCGUGUGGCUUCCCGAUCGAGCAAAAUCACAGAUUAGGACUCGCUAAUGGGGAGCUCUUGUCGAAUCCUGAGUCCUAUCGCAGAUUAGUAGGUCGACUCAUUUAUCUGGCAGUGACCCGUCCAGAUUUGGCCUACUCGGUUCAUAUAUUAUCUCAAUUUAUGCAGGAGCCUAGAAUUGAGCAUUGGGAGGCGGCUUUGAGAGUCGUUCGUUAUUUGAAAGGUACUCCGGGUCAGGGUAUCUUGUUACGUGCAGAUAGUGAUCUGUCCCUGCAGGGUUGGUGUGAUUCUGAUUGGGCAGCAUGUCCAGUCACUAGACGCUCUUUGUCCGGAUGGCUUGUGUUUCUGGGGCAAUCUCCUAUUUCUUGGAAGACAAAGAAGCAACACACAGUUUCCCGCUCGUCCGUAGAAGCGGAAUACCGAGCUAUAGCAGCAGUUACUUGUGAGCUCAAAUGGUUGAAGGGGUUGCUUCUGAGCUUGGGUGUGCACCACCCAAAGGCAAUCAAGCUCUUUUGUGAUAGCUAG